CUCUAGGUUUUUUUGUCUGCCUGCAUUAUCCAGUGUCUGUGAUUAGUUCUAUUUUUUAGAUGUUUACAGAAACUUACAUUUUUUUAAAAUCCAAACCAUUAAAUUACAUUGAUAUAUAAAGUAACAUUAAUGUAAAAAAAAAAAAAAAAAAGAAAUUGGAACCAAAGUAUUGGCUCAGGGUCUGUCCACACCAGGUACGCACAUUCACUGGGCAAAACAGGUGUUAAUUAUCUCUUUAGUUAAUAUUUUACAUUAAGCAUAAAAUAAAUGCUAUUUUCCAUUCUGUUAAAAAACAAAGCUACAAUCACCAGCAUUGGCUUAGCGCAAUUGCUAGCUUAUUUAUAUAUUUUCCACUUAAUUAACCGAUGUAUCUAAUUGUUCAUUUCCCAAAGGGUAAUUUCAAGACUAAUUUUCCUCUUAAUGUGAUUUUAGUGCAUGUACUGAAUAUACUUACAUCUGGCGGUGAAUACAACACAACAUUUUGAUCACUAACCAACCGCUUGCUCAGUAGCAGCCUGAAAUACCCUUUAACACUUUAUACAGGCCACAGCUGGCACUUGGCAGGCUUUAGGACCCAGCGGUGCAAUCCGGUGAAGAUAGCUUCGGCAAUAUAUGGACGGGUUUACCUGCGUGCCACUGACUUAAUCAUUUAAACUAACCUAUAGUAUAUUGUAACACUAUUGUUUCCAUGUCGUACUGUUUGUGACAGGUUCAGUAAUCACACUAAUCUGCUGUUCAUCUGACAUCUGCUGAUGGAGCACAUCCGACUGCCCAAGGUGGAGAAUGUCAAACUGCUUGACAGAGUCUCCCCCAAAAGAAGUAGGGCGGGCACCCUGUACCUGACAGCCACACACACCAUCUUUGUAGAGAACGAGGCUGGAGUGCGCAAUGAAACAUGGGUGCUUCACAGCUUGGUGUGCAGCGUGGAGAAACAAUCUGCCUCAGCUUCAGGAUGCCCUCUAAUCAUUCACUGCAAGAACUUCCAGGUUCUUAAUUUUGUCAUACCUGGAGAGCGGGAGUGCCAUGAUAUUCAUGUGUCCCUCCAGCGUCUCUCCCAGCCAGUGUUGUGCCUUGCAGAGAGUUACGAGGAGCUGUAUUGCUUCUCCUAUAAGCCUAACGUCGAUGUGGAGGAGAGACGACAGGAAUGGGACUUCUUGGACCUCAAGGCUGAUUACAACAGAAUGGGACUCCCAAACUCCCUGUGGAAACUCUCCCCUGUCAACCGACACUACAAGGUGAGUGACACAUACCCCGCGGACCUGUUUGUACCCGAGUCUGCCGCCCCUCCAGUCAUAGUGGGGAGCUCCAAGUUCAGAAGCAGAGGCAGAUUUCCUACGCUGGCAUACUACUCCAAGGAAAAUUAUGCUGCCAUCUGCCGUAGCAGCCAGCCCCUGUCAGGUUUCAGUGCUCGCUGCCUAGAGGAUGAACAGAUGCUUGAGGCCAUCUUGAGAUCCAAUCCCCGCAGCGACUUCAUGUAUGUGGUGGACACCAGGCCUAAGCUGAACGCAAUCGCAAACCGAGCUGCAGGAAAAGGAUAUGAAAACGAAGACAACUACUCCAACAUUAAAUUCCAGUUCAUCGGCAUUGAGAACAUUCAUGUCAUGAGAAACAGCCAGCAGAAAAUGCUAGAAGUGUGUGCGCUGCGUUCCCCCUCCAUGUCUGAAUUCCUGGAAGGUCUGGAGAGCUCAGGCUGGCUGAAGCACAUCAAAGCUGUUUUGGAUGCAGGCAUCUUUAUUGCCAAGGCUAUUGCAGAGGAGGGUGUCAGUGUCCUGGUUCACUGUUCAGACGGUUGGGAUCGCACUGCCCAGGUGUGUUCGGUGGCCUGUGUGCUGCUGGAUCCUUACUACAGGACCAUCAAAGGACUCAUGGUUCUCAUUGAGAGAGACUGGAUUUCAUUCGGACACAAAUUCUCACACAGAUGCAACCACCAGGUCGGAGACCCCAAAGAGGUGUCACCCAUCAUUGAUCAGCUGCUGGAGUGCGUGUGGCAGCUCAUGGAGCAGUUCCCCUGUGUCUUUGAGUUCAACGAGAGGUUCCUCAUCACCAUUCACAGCCACAUCUACUCCUGCCAGUAUGGCAACUUCAUUGGCAACAGCCAGCGGGAGAGGAUAGAACUGAGAGUGCGUGAGAGGACUCAUUCUUUGUGGAGUUAUCUUUGGACGAACCAAGCAGACUAUAUCAAUCCUCUGUACCGGCCUGACCACAGCCAGACACAGGGGCUCCUCCGGCCAUCCACGGCCCCCUACUGCUUUAAGUUUUGGAGAGGGCUGUACAACCGCUUUGACCGAGGGAUGCAUCCUCGACAGUCUACAGACGACUAUCUGAGAGCCAUCCAAGAGGAGACGCAGCAGCUGGAGGAGCAGCUGGCUUCACACAAACAGAAAAUUGCUCAGCUGAAGCAGGAGCAGGGUGGGAAGAAUGUUGCCCAGGUAACAGCCACCUUAGAUAAGAGCCCCACAGCGUGGGCUUGUGGUCACGACCUCGCCCUGGCCAACACCCCUCAGGACUACACCGGUUUCUUCAUCACCAGCAGCCCCUGUCAGCCCAAAGUACCAGAGAGCAGCCUGAUCCUCGUGCCCAAGGACUCGAACCAAUCAUCUGAAACCAGCUUCUCGAACGGCAGCGACCAGGAGUCUGGGAUUGCAGAUCUGAGCUGCCGUUCACCCCUCAGUGAGGACAGCAGCCGAGAUCCAGACUCUGAUGAGGCUGCCUAUUCAGCUGCCUGAGCUGAUGUAGCAUUUGGUGGAAGGUCCACAGGGGCCAACAAACCUUCACAUUCACAAAGUAACCCGGCUAUUGGCCCACUCCAGUUAAAUAUUUUUUAUACGGGUUAUGUACUUGAUUUGCACUUUGUCUGCAUGUGGUGUACCUGUUGCCUCAUACAUGCUAGCUAACAGUUAUUUACUGUCACUGACCACAUUUUACUACUUCUGCAGGUGAGAGAAAUUAAGAUAAUAAUGCACACAGAAAGCUCAAAAAUGGUGAACUGCUUCCAGGGCCUCAGUAACCAGUUUAUUGCUGGAGACAUUUUAAUAAAAAAUCUGUUGACAUUUUAGGUCAGUUUUUCUGAAAGAUGGCAAAAUUACUCAAUUAAUGGGAAAAUCAGGGCAGACGUAAGCAGAUUAAAAAAAGACAACCUGUAGAGAUUUAAAAUAUAAAAAACGAGACUGAACGUAAGUAAUACAAACAACGCUGCUAAUGGCAUUCAGAAUAACUCAUUUUUAUUGUAGUGUUUGCAAAGAAAUAUAUCCUUAAGUCCUGUUUUUCAGUGUUUUGGUAAUUUUGUCUACACCUCGUUUAAAUGAUUUUGCACCUUAUGGUCACUGCUGUUCACAGGCAGCCUGGCUUCAAACGCUGCUAAACGCAGCUCAGCACAGUGACCACAUCUGGGGUCAUGACGCUUUCCUGCAGUCUGGAGCAUAUGAACACAAAUGUACUGCCGCACUGGGCAGCAGAUUCUGCAUUUCAUUUUUAAAUGUUUCUGUCAUCUCAACUGUAAAAUUAGCAUUAAAGCAGCUGACUUUACUAGUGUAGCACAUGUUAGAUGCACUUCAACACUGUAAAUGAACAAUGCAGAGAUUAUCAAGCAAAGCAUGUUAAGAUAUUUUUGUACUAUGACUUUUUUUCUUCUUUUUUGGCAACUGUAAUCCUGUGUGUUGUUUUUAUUUGUAUCAUCAGGUCUAAAUGUCUCGUCAUAAUGAAUUCUGACCUCAUAUGAAACAAAAGUUUUAUAUUGCUGCAUUAAUUUGGUCAGGAGGAGAAAUUUUGAAAAAUGUGUCACACUUAUUUAUUUGCAAAGUUGUGUGAUUUAUGUCAAUUUUCUUUUGAAAUAAAUACAUUAUUGUCAGUCA